AUGUGGCCUCUUACUUUUCUUGUCUGCCUUAUCAUUAUCUUGGCGUUAACUCUUCUUUUCUGCCAGAGAAAGACCAGCCAUAACCAGCUCCCCCCAGGACCACCAGGAUGGCCAAUAUUUGGCAACAUGUUCUAGCUUGGUUCAGCCCCACAUCGCACCCUCAACGACUUAAGAAACAAGUAUGGUGAUGUUAUCUGGCUAAAAUUAGGUACCGUAAACACCAUGGUAGUUCUCUCAUUUAAAGCAGCAACAUAUUUAUUCAAGUACCAUGACCUCUCCUUUGCUGAUUGUAAAACUUCUGAAACUAUGAGGGUUUAUGACUAUCACAAAAGUUCACUGGCCCUGGCUCCAUAUGGCUCAUUUUGGCGGGCAUUAAGAUGCCUAGCUACAGUUGACAUGUUUGUCACCAAACGAAUCAAUGAAACAGUCUCUAUACAUAGAAAGUGUAUUAACAAUAUGUUGUUAUGGAUCGAAAAGGAGGCGAACAAGGGUGAAGCACGUGGCAUUCAUGUUGCACCACGUUUCGUGUUCCUCGCGACGUUUAACUCGUUCGGGAACCUUACACUGUCGCGCGAUUUAUUGGAGCCCGAUUCAGAGGAUGGCGCAGAUUUUUUCACGGUAAUGACAAGGUUAAUGGAAUGGUCAGGACAACCAAAUAUUGCAGAUUUUUUCCCAUUCUUGCGGUGGCUAGAUCCGCAAUGAUUAAGGAGAAAUGCGGAAAGAGAUCUUGGCAAGGCUUUGGAGAUCGCUUCAAGGUUUGUUAAGAAGAGAGUUGAAGAAAAAAAAAGAGGAAAUGAGAAGAGGAAAGAUUUUUUGGAUGUGUUGCUUGAGUUUGAAGGUAACGGAAAGGAUGAGCCAGCAAAAUUUUCUGAGAAAGACAUCGUCGUCUUUAUACUGGAAAUGUUUUUUGCCGGUUCAGAAACAACAAGUGGCAGCACUGAAUGGGCAUUGUCCGAGCUCCUUCGAAAUCCGGAGAUAUUAAACAAAGCCAAAGCUGAACUUGCGCAAGUAGUUGGAUCAAAGAGAAUGGUUGAAGAAAGUGACAUUGAAAAUCUCCCAUACCUGCAGGCCGUGAUUAAAGAAACUCUAAGAUUGCAUUCUCCGGUUCCGUUCCUUGUUCCCCGAAGCGCGACCCAAGACACAAAAUUCCAUGGCUAUCACAUACCCAAAAAUACACAAGUUCUGGUAAAUGCUUGGGGAAUUGCAAGAGACCCAGAUGCAUGGAAUGAGCCUUUGUCAUUUAAACCUGAAAGAUUUUUAGGCUCUACGGUUGAUUACAGGGGCCAAAAUUAUGAAUUCAUUCCAUUUGGAGCUGGGAGAAGAAUAUGUGUAGGUCUUCCCUUAGCUCACCGAAUGCUGAACCUAACGUUGGGGUCGUUGCUUCAUGAAUUUGAUUGGGAACUUGGUAGCAAUGUGUGUAAGGAGAGCAUGGAUAUGAAGGAUAAAUUGGGCAUAGCCAUUCGAAAGGCUAAACCAUUAUUUGCUUUGCCUAAAAGAUGUAGAUGUGACCAUGAAGUGUAA